UCGUCAGUGUAGGCUCAGCUAGACAAUGCACAACAGUUAUUAUUGAUGAAGAUUCAUUCUUCAUUAAUAAUUUAAUAGGAUUUGAUGUUUUGGAGUGGAUUGUGAUACAAGUCACCACUAAUAUUGAACAAUAUUUACGCAUGCCGUCAGAUCUGAAUAGGGAGUUCUGUGCAAUGUGGGAAUGCUUCAUUUGAAGAAAGAUGUCCAUAUACGUAUUUAUAAGCGAAAGAAGGAUUUGAUCAAUGUUGUUAUUUGAUUAAGUCUCUGGCUGUGAUAUUUGAUACUGUGUCAUCUUUUUUUCAUUAUUUCGACCUAAAAUUGAAUUCAGAUGUUCUUACCCAGGAAACCUAUUUAAUUCUGUGUCAGAAGGUUAGCUAGUCUUUUUAUUUUAAAUUUUGAAUUGAAUCAGCGGGUAAACAUUUUUAAAAAUUCAAAUCUAUUGAGAGAACUUCCUUAUGGCCAAGGGGUAUCGCUUUGCGCUUCCGUUUUGAUUAAAAUGUAACUAGGAAAUGGAGAUAUAUAAUUACUACGACCUGGGUAUGUUGACUAAGUGUACAUGUGUGGUUUCUUUAAAAGAAUUAAUUCAUAUGUGAGAAUCCGAGCGAUCUUUAGAUAAGCUCACCCUUCCCCAUCGUACUUAUGUUUCUGAAGAGAGCCACUUGGUUGCAAGAGAACGGAUCAAUACAUUACCUGGUGUAUACUGAUCCUUUAUAUGUGGAAUUCUCGUAGACAGUGGCAUAUAAGUGAGCUUCUACACGGAAUAACCAAUGCUUUUUAUUGUAAAAGAAAGAACGUUCGGAGUCUGUCAGUAAUAUAAAGGCUGAUGUUGUCCACGGUGACGCAUUGUAAUAUCCGAUGUUCAGCGGAAACAUCUGCGGAAAAAACUGUUACACGAGAGCGAUAAAAUACUGUUUAUACAAUAGUUAUUACAAAGCAAAGGAAUAUCUGCCUUUGAACUUGAACAAGUGUCAGGAGAAUUUAUUCAGCGUUUAAAUACAGCCAGACGAUACUGCGACGAUGCUUUUAACUCCGUUUGACAAAGCCUUGUCAAGCUCUCUUCAGAAUCUUCGAACUCAGGACGAGGAGGAUAUCUCUUUUAAGGAUAAGCUCAAAAGAUCUUUCUCGUCGAUUAAGAGGCGUAAAAAGAAAGAAAGUCUGAUGCCAACCAUUACGGCAAAGGAGACAUUAAAAGUACCGCAGGUGACGCACGGACAUCGACCGUUAAGUGCUACAAAAUCAAACCCCCUGUCAUAUUACGGCACUCCUACAACCGAUUUGACUGUUAGGCGAGAUGCUUUCAGCAGACGACAAUAUGGCUCCGUGGAAACGCUAACAUUAAUGGACGAUGAUUGCAAGAGCCAUUCCGCUGGCAGGUUUCGAAUAGAAUCUGGAGAUUUAGAAGGAAGCGAUGAGGUCUCAAGUCCCGUUGCGAGUCCAGUCCAUCUUGAAAACCCAGAAUUUCAAACCCGAUGGUAUUUUAAAUACUUUCUUGGAAAACUGCACCAGAAUUAUGUUGGAAUAGACACAGAGAAAGACCCGUUUAUAUUGUCUGUGGUAGUGACGGACGCUAACAACCACAAUGUUCCACAGUACAGAGCUGUGCUAUGGCGAAAAAACGGAGCCAAGCGAGUUUGCCUUCCAUAUAAUCCACAAAAACCUCAGACAGUCAAGGGCAUUUUAAGUCAUUUUGAGCUGGAAAAAUUCGAAAAAGGACCCAAAGAGAUAUUUGACCCAGAUAUCCAAAAAGACAUUCUGGUACUGGAGGAGCAAGAGGGUUCGAUCAACUUCAAGUUUGGUGUGGUCUACGCCAAAGAAAACCAGGUGUCAGAUGAGGAGUUUUAUAGUAACGAUGACCCUUCGCAGUCGUUUAAUAGUUUUUCAGACCUAUUGGGAGACAGAAUCAAAUUAAAAGGAUGGGAAAAGUUCAAAGGUGGUUUAGAUGUCAAAUCUAAUGCAACUGGAACUGAAUCUAUAUAUACAGUUUACGAAGGCCACGAGAUUAUGUUUCAUGUAUCUACGUUGCUUCCUCAUUCUCUUGAGAAUAAACAACAGGUGGAAAGGAAGCGACAUAUAGGAAACGACAUAGUAAACAUUCUCUUCUACGAGUCUAGCAGUCCGGACCCUCAAGCAUUUCCUCAGUUCAAGCCCUGCAUGAUGAGGUCACGAUUUACUCAUAUAUUUGCUGUUGUUUGUUACAAUACAUGUGAUCGCUCUUAUAGACUCAACGUCUUUUCCGAAGAGUCGGUCCCUCUUUUCGGACCGCCUCUUCCCUCGCCCCCUGUGUUCCAUGACGCCGAUGAGUUCCGAGAAUUUCUUCUCGUCAAAUUGAUAAAUGGCGAGAAAGCCGCCGUUAACAAUCCUUUGUUUGCCCAGAAACGAGAAAGAACUCUAGAGAUGCUGAUAAAGAAUAUACACCAGGGAUAUAUGAUGGAAACCAAUAAGCUGUACAGAAGAGCUUUUAGCGAUGUGAUUCAAGACGCCCACAUCUCCAGAAAAGAAGAAGCUAGACGCAGCGAGUAUGUUAGAGUGGGCCAGACCUUAAAAGUGAAAACGAUUUUGAAAGGUGAUGCUCCAACAAGUUUAGUCACAACCGGACUUCUUAAACGAGAGCCAUGGGAACCGCAGUCAUUCUGUAUGGAUUUCCCUCAUCCAAUUAUUUGCGGCGAUUCUUGGGGGGACAACAAAUUAAUAUUAUCAACGGAAAAUGGCACCUUUAUCGUAGAAGAGGGUCUAAAUCAUCGAUCAAUAUUUGAUAAGUCUGUCCCUGUUAAACAGCUGGAUGUUGUGGAAGCUCACAACCUUUUGAUUUUUAGAUGCGACAAAGGUAAAGAGGGAAAGAUCUACGUGUACAGAUUGAAUGACUUUGAAGGAGAGAUGUUGGAUAAAGUUACAAGGGGAAAGGCAGAAUGCAGGGAAAACAGAAUCGAGAAAACAAAGGGUUGCCAUCUGUACGCCCUGAGCAGGCAAGGGGCCAGCCAUCUAAGAAUGGUGGUGGCGAUUCAGAAACGUCUCCUGUUGUUUUCCUGGAAGCAUUCCGUGGCUUGGUCUACGUGGUGUCCAACUGUUGACUUCGAAAUCGUGGAUGGCUUCAACUUCGUUCGAGAACUACAGGCCUUUGACUCGCCCCAACUGAUAACGCUGAUCGAUGGCGUUCGAGAUGACAACCAGAUCUGUGUUGGAUACAAGAACCAGUUUGACCUAAUAAAUGAGAAAAAUGGAGACACUUUGCAACUGUACCAGGUGGAGGCAAAUAAGAUCUUGCGUAAACGGAAAAUAGAGGUUAACUUAGUAGCAGCUUUGGAUAUAUAUGAAGAUGAAGAGUCAGAAUUACUUCUGUGUUACAAUCAUGUAAGUCAUUUCCAAAAGCUCUCAGAGGAAACAUCACAUGAUUUCGACUUCAACUGGAACUCGGAGCCAAGUGACAUAGUUUGCGCAUUCCCUUAUGUGAUGGCCUUUACCGCCGACUCCAUAGAAAUCCGCCUCAUCAUCAAUGGCAACCUUGUCCACGCCAUGUCUCAGCCUGGAUUGUCUCUGAUUACAUCGAAGUGUGAUAUCUACUUCUGCACGUUGGCUGGUCCGGGUGGCUCACCAAAAGAGAAAUCGACAGAACAGAGAUACACACCCCCUUCAUCCCCAUCUGCCAAAACCCUGCGCCCUCCCCAAUACAUUUACAAAAUCCCUCUCUCGUGCCUUGCUGGGCAAAUGACGACAACUGACAAGUCCCCCAUGAAUCCAACGCCUCCUCACCAGUCUACUCUUCUGGCCCCAGUGGCUCAAAAUGGCGAUCGGUCACCUAGCAACAAGCGCCGAAGCCCUCUGUUGAGAACCAAGUGCAUUCAUCCAAGUGGCGAAAAGACUGCUAGUGACAGGCACGAUUCGUCGGGAUCCGAUUCAGGAAUAUCCAUUCUUAGACCGGGGAACAAUAGUUCACCUCCUGACAGCCCGUAUCAACAGACAAUAUGUACCCUGGACUUUACACAGCAGGAAACGGACCUAGUUUAGCACGUCAUGGCGUAUAUAUGUGGUGCAAGCAAGACAUAUUACGUAGCGCAUUUUCAUAUUAUGAAGGUGCAUGUGCCUUAACCAUGUUCAAUCAACGACAGUGGAUGCUAACUGGUACUGAGGCGUCAGAUAAACAAUAUUCGGAAGAUUACAAGGCCACGCGUCUAAACGAAAGCUACUGAAGGUUUCCGAUGACGUUGCUCCUUAUUUUCAUUUGAUACACCGGUGGCACCUGAUCAUAAAUAUUAUUAAUUAACUAAGAUGAGGAUGUUGCAUUUGUGUUAUUUUUGCUGGCCUCAGAGCGGAUAACUGUAUAGUUUUAUAGAUUAUUUUCAUUCUGUUUUCUUUCCAUUGAAUUAUUAUUAAAAAAAAAUUUGAAUUUUUUCUUGAAAUAUGGUGCUAUAUCUACAAAUGUGAUGUGAUUAAGAACGGAUCUGGAGAAGGGGAGCAAUGAAUUGAAUAGUGUUUGAAUAGAUUUUUUCAAUACCUCGUUUUUUUUUUUGCCUUGUAAGUAGAUAGCAUCGUUAUGUAUAUAUUACAGUAUGACAAGUCAAACAUUGGAUAUCGUACUUGGAAAAAGAGAGAGUUUUUUUUCUCCUUGAAAAGUUGGUGCAAUAUAGUAGGUAUAUAAAUAAUUAAUUUUUUAAAUGGUAUGGUUUGUUAUAUGGAUUUUUACUGUGCUUUCAGUUAAUUGAAAGGGAAGGGAUACUCGAAAUGAAUGAGAUUUUCUAAAACCGAUAUAUAAAUGCGCUUUCAGCAUUUUAAGAAAUUUUAUUGGAUUUUACUGAAGGAUGACCUAGCAGAUGAUAUGUAGCUUUCCUUAAAUGGAUUUGACAUUAUCUUAAAAAUUGAGCACUUUUUCUUCUCAAAUCUUUCUAGAAAUUUUUUUUUUAAGUUUCAUAUACACUUGGAUUUUACUCAUUUUGAAUUUUAAAGAAAAAAAUAUUUUGAUUUUUAAAGACGAUUGAUUCCUCUACAUCAUUUCGUUGUUCAUAAUACAUAGGACGUUCAAGCAAAUAAAAUAAAGUGUUCAACCCUGUUCAAUCAUCGGAUCGUCACAUUAUAAUAUUAAACAUUUUGAAAAGUAUCAGUAUUAAGCAAAGAAUAAAUGCUUAUUUUUCUCCUGUAGUUUUUUUCAUCUACGUGCCGAGAAG